AUGGAAGAAACUCAAAUCAAACAUAGGAAACCUUCAAAAAGCUCUAGUGUUCUGUCUAUGUUAGCAAUCUAAAGACCAGACAAAACAUAAUCAAGUUUAUAAACAAUAGUUGGAAUAGUUAAUUCAAUGGUUGGAUCAUUGUGCUUAGUACUGCCUUUAGUAUUUUUGAAUUAUGGAGUGAUAUCUUGUACUGUGAUAAUGAUUAUAUUGGGAUUUGUUCAAUAUAAUACUUGUUCUCUUUUAAUACUUCAUCUUAAGGAUGAUGAAAUAGAUACUGAACAUAUGAUCAAGAGAAUUUUAGGGAAACCAUGGAUGUAAGCCUUCAGAUUCUGUUCUGGCACCUUAUUAUUCAUAGUAGGUAUAAUAUACUUCCAAUUAAUUAAUCUAACGUUAUACCCAAUCAUAACAUAUAUAUUAAGCUAUAAUGAUAUUGAGUUUGCAGAUGCGACUGAAAAUUUUGUAUUUAACAAGUAUUUAGUACUUUAUAAUAUUUAAGGUAUUCAAUAUAAUGGUAAGCCUUGAUAGUCUUUCUUCCACUAUCAACUUUACUGUUAAUCAAGGAUAUUACAACAAUUGUUAAAAUAGCUCAUUAUGGAGUAAUUGCUUUAUUUGCAUAUGGAAUUUUUAUUAUUUAUAUAUUUAUAGUUAAUCUAACAAGUGAAGAUAUUUCAUAAAAAUUUCAAUAAAUAACGUUAUGGUCUUGGGAAUUUAGUUAGCCAGCUGGUUAAUUUGCUCUAGCCUUUAUGAUUCAUAAUGCUAUAGGAUAAUUGAUGAAAAAUAAUGAAAAGAGAGAUAACAAUUCUAGAGAUUUGGCUAUAGCUUACACAGUUGCAGGAAUAAUCUAUGGGAUAGUUGGAAUAUUUGGUUCAAUUGGAAUUUUGGUAAUUACAUAAAAUAAUUUAGGGUUUGAAUAAUACAAAUGAUGCUUAAACUAUUUUGAAUUGUUUUAACAAAUCAGAUGUGGAGAUAAUUAUUAUAGAAAGUCUAUUUUUAGUUCAUUUGGUUACAGCAUUCCCAAUUUUUAAUAAUAUUAGCAAAUAUUAGAUUUUGGAAGUGCUUUAUCCUAAGAAGGAACCAUCAAAACUUGUAUAUUGGGGAUUCAGCAUUUUGUUUAUGGUGUUAUGUUUAACAAUCCAAAUUUUGAAUAUACCAGUUGGGGUAGUGAUUUCCUUUGAUGGAGCAGUAUGUGGAUUCUUAUUGGUCUACAUAGUUCCUAUCAGUUUACAUCUGAAAUGUUAUUAAACUUAGAAUAAGGUCACUUUGAUAGGAGAUGAAGAUGAUGAAAUUGAUACACAAACAAAAUGUGUGAAUCAUAAGGAUAAGAAUUCGAUUCCUAUGUUUGCUAGGAUUGCAUUCUAUGUUUUGAUUAUGGGAAUUGGAAUAUACAAUUUAAUUGUAUAAUUUUAUGAUAUAUUUAAAUCCUGAUAUUAAAAUAAAAUUAAAAUAUUUAAUAUGCUACAAUUAAUUAGGGUAGGAAAGAGAUAGUUAGUGUGUAUUCCUUCGUUUAAUUAUAAAUUAAGAAGGCCAGCCCCUAAGAUGUCAGAAUAUGAUAAAGAAAGGAUUGAAUAUAAACAUUUAAUGAAUUAGGUAGGAAAUUAAAGAUAUCAAAGUAUAGGUCAAGAAUUGUCAAGGACUUUUGGGAAGAAUAAACUAAAAUUGAAAAUUAAUAUAUAGAUGACUAUUUGGCAAAAGAAAAAGCAAAAUAAGAGAGACUUGAUAUUCAUAGAAGAAAUUAAACUGUAAUCUAAACAUUUAAUGCAACAUAAUAAUUCAAUAAGUUAUAAGACAUUAGAAGAGUUAGAAAUGAAAGAGUUAAAAAAUAUCUAGUUGAAUAAGAUAUUAAAAAAAUGAAUAGGCAAUAAAUUAUUAGAGUAUUAAAUGAAGAAUCAAAAAAUUGGAUUUCUGAUAAAAAUUCAUAUGAAAAAUUAGUUGGAAAUCUAUUAAUUCCUGAUACUGUUUUAGAUGAAAUGUCAUAUUAUCAUGAUUUACAAGAAAAAGCAAUUCUUUAUGAAACAGCUUAAUAUGAUGAAAUUGAUAAGUAUAUAAUAUAUUUAUUUAUUUAGAUUAAAUGAUCCAAAUAUCUAAUUAGAAUGGAAAAAUAGACUUGGUAUGCCAUUAUAUCAAAGAAUUGUGACUUUAAUCAAAUUCUUAAAAUAAGAUAAUCUCUUAGGAAAUUUAAAAUUUGAAUGGGAUACUUGUCAAGCAAUUAUUUUAACAGACAAAAAAUUAAGUGAAAAAGAAAUGGCUGAAUAAUUAGACAAAGUAAAUAGUGCAUUUUAAACUGUUAUUGCUUAAAAAAUAGAAGAACUUGAAACAAAUCCAGUAAAAAGAUUAGAAGAAAUGAAUAAAUAACUUAUAAGAUUAUAUAAUCUACUUGAAUUAUGGGAUAAAUAUAUUACAAUUGUAAAAAUGGAUAAUUCAACUGCUCAAUAAAUUAUGUAAGCAGCAAAAUCAUAAAUUAAUUUAUUUGAAUCAGAAGGUGGAAAAGAUUAUAUGAUCACUAAUGAUAAUAGUCUUAUUGAGAAAUUUGAUGGGAAGGAAACUCAAAAUAAAGAUGAAAAAGACGAUAAAUAUAUCAGUGCUGAUGAAACACAUACAGAUAGUGAAGAUAUUGAUUUAGAAAAUCUAUAGAAAAAGAAAGAAACUAAAGAUAUUUAUGGUGGCAGAACUACAAAAUCAUAUGAAUUUGAUACAGAAAGAAUUAAGGAUAAAGAUUAAGAAUUUUCAAAAUUAGUUGAAGAAUUGUUUGCAAAAGCUGAAGCUAAAGCUAAAGAAGCCAACCUUGAAUUCGAAUCUAAUUAUAGAAAGAAUCCUCAUUUAAAAGUAUUUUAUAGUGACAACUUAAAUCCUCCUAAUGUUCCUGAUGCUAAAUCAGUUUUUGAAGGAGUAGAUUUGGAACAAUUAUUCCCCUCUGAAAUUCUCAAUGAUGAAACUAAGACUCCUUAUCUUGAUUUCAAAAAUGUAGAAGAUAUAGAAAAUCAUUAUUAUGAAUUAGUAAUAUCAUUAAAUUUAUAAUUGCUAGAAAGCUAUCUAUAGUCUUAGAAAAUAAGGUGAAUAAAAUAUUCUUGUUAAUCCAGAUGUUUAAAAAUUUAAUACAACUAUCACUGCUCAAACUUACAAAUAAAUUUUAAAUAAUCUUGAGGUGCCAGAAGAGUAUUCUAAAUUAAAAUAAGAUACUUAAAAAUUAGUUGAUGCAGUAGGAGAGAUUAAAGUCACUGAUGCCGAUUUCUUAUUGAAGAUCUGGAAUUAUUAUAAUUGAU